UUGAGCUCAAGCUAGCUGGUCCAGCCUAAAGCCUCACCUCGGUCACGACUGCUCGGCUGGGACUGGGAAGAAUUCCAAAAGUCCCCCGCGGAAGGUGACGGUGAUCUACGCAGUCAAUUAUGUGCUGGAGAGUGGGUUGGACGUGCAGUUGAAGUUCGGUUCAGGUGAGCGAGCUUAAUGGUGAUCCUAAUUGGACCAUAGUGUAAUCUGUGUGUUUGCCAAAGUGAUAAGCUUAAACGGUGAAAUUGGCGUUCAAGUCACCCGCGGAUACCAUGCAGCGAUGAGUCAUCUCAAGUUUCUGGGAACGAAACCACGGGAAGCUGCCGAAGGUAUAAUUACAAACCCUUGAGGUAUUGAAUGCAGAAGAAGGAAAACCAGUUCUACCGACCACACCACGUCCAACAAGUAAACAUUCUAAACAACAACUUUAGCGCUGGAUCGUGACUUGGGACACGCGAAAGUGCCACCACAUUCCUUGCGCAAGUGUGAGGAGUUUGUUUAGAGAUUUAGCAAACACAACAGGUUGAACGCGUCAUCGCGAACUUGCAAUACCGUAGACGAUGUCAUCGCUAGUUCGUACCAGAACGAUGGUGUGGCUUGGGCUGGUGGUCUUGGCGGCGUUGGCCGUAGUGUCGAUCAGUGCGGAAUCGGAGUUCUGUAACGAUACCAAGCCGUGCAAGGAGGACGAGUACUGCGACGGGCAUAGUUCGGUGUGUGCGCACUGUAGCCAGAUUUGUACCGCCGGAAGGCCGGAGUUCAGCGAGGUGGACUGUAACGGCAGGUGUAAAGAUUACCUCAUCCUGCAACGCAUCGCCACCCUGGAAAACAACCUGUACACCACGAUCAUCAUAUUCGCCGUGGUCCUGGUCCUCCUUGCCGUAACGGUGGCCAUCAUCAUCGGCCAGUGGUCCCGCAAAAACGGCCACCUUUCGUGUGCCCGGCUGAAGCGUCUCAUCCGGAGGGACGAAAAAUCCAACCCACCACCUGCGAUGGAGUAUACCCACGAGAACCCGCACACCAAGAGUCCCAAGCUGAACGCCCGGAGUUCAGUUGGUAGCGCUGGAGGCACCAGCCACAAUGGUCCACUGCCGUUGCCUCCGUCGGCGGUGGGAUCGGUGGCCACGGUUAGUCCGGCCAGCAUCUACAUGGGAAUGGAGGCAAAUGGAUCGGUACGGACUACGAUUACGUCGUUGAACAGUCAGUAUCCGCCGUCGGAGGUUUGGAGGGAUAACUAUGCUUACGAUAACGGCGGAAUGGUUGUUACUCCCACCGAGAAUAAUUAUGAAUACGUUGAUGCGAAGAUGCAUUUGAGGAGAACUUAGGGUGUGAAGUCUUUAUGAGAGUAGACUAAGAUAAUUUGGAACUAGGUACUAUGGAAAUAUUGUUAUCCCAGUGAUAGUUAUGAGUGUUUUAAUUCAACAAUUCCAUCCACUAGUGUGUUGAUUUAGGAUUAGUAUUUAGCGUUUAAGUUUACCAAUCACAAAAAAAUUAUCCAUCACAUAUUUGAAGCAUGAAUUUGAUAGAAUUUUGUACACAACAGGAACACACACCACACAAUCGUACCUACAUACAGGAUAUGUCUUUCAAGAAAAAAAACACAUAACUCAGGAGUUCCUUAAAUAAAACGUAUUUAUUUCGACCCAAUGAAUUACAAUUCAUCAAAAAUGGAACAAAGCCGUCUAUUCGUUCAGAGUAGCUACUCCUCUACAUUCGCACUAUGUAAUAACUAGGUAGAUAUUCGCUAGGAUUCGAAUUAAUUCGCACAAGCGUGGCGUUGCUAAAAUCUCGAUAAUUGCAUGGCAAUUUGAUAUUCGUUUUUAUGUAAAUACUAUAAAUUAGGACACACCAGAAUAGUAUUAGUAUCAAGUAAAAUCUUCUUGUAUGGCAACAUAAGAGUUAAGUUACGUUAUAAGUACUACAGAUGAAAAGAAAAAAAAACUUGAGUAUUCGGCCUUAAUCUCUCGGUACUGUACAAAA